AUUACUAAAUUCCAAGAUGGUGACAUGUAUUUUAUAGUAAAAUCACUGUAUAUUUUUUUUCAAUUUUAGAAUGCAAUUUAAUUAAAUAGUUGCAAUUUAAAUUGGAUUAAUGAAAAUAUUUUUUAAAAUGAUGUCAACAAGAUAUAUUUCAUUUAUAUCUGGAAUAAUAAUAGCCUCGUUAACUUGGACUUUUAGUUUAUAUCUUUAUUCGAGACUAUCUCAAAAUACUAACACUGUCAAUCCAACAAUGAUAGUAUUAGAAAAUUCAAAAUUAGGAAAAGAAUUCGAAUUUUAUCGUAAAAUAUACACUAAUAAAGAUUUAAGAUUACAUAAUAAUUUAAUUAUUCAUCAUAAUAAAGAAAAUACAAUAGAUAAAAAUAUUUAUAAUUUAAAAGGAAAUAAUUUUAAAAAUAAUGACAAAAUGUUACAACAAUUAAAAUCUAUAUCAAUGAAAUCUGCUGUUACAUUAGAACAAGAUUUAGAUGAACUGGGAAUGAUUAAAAAUUUGGAUGAUCAACGAAAACGAGAUGAAGGAUAUAAAAAUUACUCUUUUAAUAUAUUAGUGUCAGAUAAUAUUGGAUUACAUAGAGAAUUACCAGAUACAAGACACAAAUUAUGUGAAAUACAAAAGUAUUCUUCUAAGUUAUCAAAUGCUAGUAUUGUUAUAUGUUUUUAUAAUGAACAUUAUAUGACACUUUUAAGAUCUUUACAUUCCAUUAUUGAUAGAACUCCUACAAAUCUUUUACAUGAAAUUAUUUUAGUAAAUGAUUGGAGUGAUAGCAAAAUUUUACAUGAAAAAAUUAAAAUAUAUAUUGCUAAUAAUUUUAAUGGUAAAGUGAAAUAUUUUAAAACUGAAAAACGAGAAGGUUUAAUCAGAGCAAGAAUAUUUGGUGCAAGAAAAGCAACAGGAGAGAUUUUAAUUUUCCUAGAUAGUCAUAUAGAAGUAAAUAGGCAAUGGAUAGAGCCUCUUCUUUCACGAAUUGUUUAUUCAAAAACUAUUACUGCUAUGCCAGUUAUUGAUAUUAUUAAUCCAGAUACAUUUCAAUAUACUGGUAGUCCUUUGGUAAGAGGUGGUUUUAAUUGGGGAUUACAUUUUAAGUGGGAUAAUGUACCAAUUGGUACAUUUGUGCAUGAUGAAGAUUUUGUAAAGCCUAUAAAAUCUCCAACAAUGGCUGGAGGUUUGUUUGCAAUGAAUCGAGAAUAUUUUACAAAAUUAGGAGAAUAUGAUGCUGGUAUGGAUAUCUGGGGUGGUGAAAAUCUUGAAAUAUCAUUUAGAAUUUGGAUGUGUGGAGGAAGUAUUGAAUUAAUACCAUGUUCAAGAGUUGGACAUGUAUUUAGAAAAAGAAGACCAUAUGGAGCAUAUGAUCAACAUGAUACAAUGUUAAAAAAUUCAUUACGUGUAGCACAUGUUUGGCUAGAUGAAUAUAAAGAUUACUUUUUACAAAAUAUUAAAAAAAUUGAUUAUGGCGACAUUACAGAAAGAAUAAAUUUGCGAAAGAGAUUGGCAUGUAAAAAUUUUGCAUGGUACUUAAAAGUAGUAUAUCCUGAAUUAACUUUACCAGAUGAUAAUAAAAAUAAAUUAAAAGAUAAAUGGGCAAAAAUUGAACAGAAACCAAUACAACCUUGGCAUUCUAAAAAAAGAAAUUAUACUGAUCAGUAUCAGAUUAGAUUAUCUAAUUCAACAUUAUGUAUUCAAAGUGAGAAAGAUAUUAAAACAAAAGGUUCCAAACUUAUUUUAGCACCAUGUUUAAGAAUUAAAUCCCAGAUGUGGUAUGAGACUGAUAAAAGAGAAUUGGUACUUGGUCAAAUGCUUUGUAUGGAAGGAGCUGAGAAAAUUCCAAAACUUGGAAAAUGCCAUGAAAUGGGAGGCAAUCAAGAAUGGCAUCAUAAAAAAACUAAUAAUACACCUAUAUAUAAUAUGGCAGCUGGUACAUGCUUGGGAAUAUUGCGAGGAGCAAAAGGUAUUCAAAUUAUAAUGGAUUUAUGUACUAAAUCAAAUACAAGUUCAAUAUCCUGGGAUUUGGUACACUUUAAAAUUCUUUUGAAAGAAAUUAGGUGACAUCAAAUAAAAUAAAUGUAGUUAUAAAAACAAAUUAAAAGAACAGCUCUCUAGAACAAAUAAAAAUAAGAAAGAAUUAAACUCAUGAAUUUUUAUGGACAUUUGUGAUAAAGUAAAUUAUUAUUAAAAUUUUAGAAUUUUUAUAUUGUUUUUAUACUAUUUUACAUUAUAAGAAUAAAAUGGUAUAUGAUUAUUAAUCAAAAUGUAUAAAAAUAAUGAAUGAAUUUCUUUUUAAAAAAUUUUAAAUAUAUUUUUUUAGUUAAUUUUAAAUAUAUAUUUUCAAAGUAAUGUAAAAUUCAUUAUAAUUAAUACUUUUUAAUUAAGAAAAGAAAUUAAUUUCUUUUAAAGUAAUAUAUAUUAAAAAUAAAUAAUAUAUUAAAGUAUAAAUAUUUCUAUUUGUAUAUAUUCAUAUCUUUGUAUUCAUUCUUUACAAAAUAAAUGAAAUUGUUUUAUAUAUA